AUGUCAGCGAUUUGGAAGCAGAGUUUCUUGCUUCCUUUAGCGGAAUGCGAGUUCAACCUAACAUCAGCUCUCGAAGAAAUCGUUCCAUUGGUUAAUGUCAAGCCAGGUCAUCGGCCUCAUAGGUCAACCGGUGCUGCGAUCUCAGCAGCAUUGGGACUGGUCGAGGGAUGUUCCGUAACAACAGGAGCUCGGAUAAUGGUUUUCACAUCGGGUCCCGCGACAAGAGGUCCAGGGAUCGUCGUGGACUCGAAUCUAAACCAUUCGAUCAGAACCCACAGAGACAUCAUCACUGGCCAAGUGCCUUACUACGACAGAUCUUGCGGGUUUUACAAGAAACUAGCAAAGAGGCUCUGCGAUUCGUCUGUGGUUCUCGAUUUGUUCGCUUGCUCUCUUGACCAGGUUGGAGCAGCGGAGCUGAGGUACGCAGUGGAGACGUCUGGUGGGUUUCUCUUGCUUGGAGAGACAUUUGAAUCCGAGCAGUUCAAAAAGUGUCUCAGGCAUAUAUUCAGGCGCGACGCUGAUGGGAACUUGAAUAUGUGCUUUGACGUUUCUUUAGAAGUUGUGACCACUAAGGAUAUCCGAAUCUCCGGCGCGCUCGGUCCGGUUGUGUCGCUUAGAAAGAAGAAUGAUAUAGUGAGCGAAACAGAGAUCGGUGAAGGCGGGACAUUUACAUGGAAAACGAGCACCGUCACGAACAAGACGUGCGUUUCCUUCUUCUUUCAAGUGAGCAACGAGCAGAAUCGAAAACCGCAACCUGGUACAGCGUUCUUCAUUCAGUUCAUUACUCGGUAUCGGUAUGGCAAUGGAGGACUGAGGAAAAGAGUCACAACGGUUGCGAGAAGAUGGGUUAACGGAAAGUCGCCGGAGAUCUCGUCUGGUUUCGAUCAAGAAGCAGCUGCUUCGGUUAUGGCUCGGCUUGCGAUAAACAGAGCAGAGGAAUGUUACGCCAAAGACGUUAUUAGAUGGUUAGAUGACGGUUUAAUCCGGUUCGCUUCACGGUUCGGAGAUUACAUCCAGGAAGAUCCGUCUUCUUUCAGGCUGACUCCAAACUUCUCUCUUUAUCCUCAGUUCAUGUUCUAUCUAAGAAGAUCACAGUUUCUCGACGUCUUCAACAAUUCCCCGGACGAGACAGGUUUCUUCCGGUUGAUGUUAAACCGAGAAGGAGUGGUUAACUCAAUCAUCAUGAUUCAACCGACGCUUCUCCGGUAUUCAUUCGACGGACCGCCGAUUCCAGUCCUCCUUGACAUCCGAUCUGUGACCGCAGACGCGAUUCUGCUAUUCGAUUCUUACUUCUACGUGGUGAUCCACCACGGAUCGAAGAUCGCGCAGUGGCGGAAGCUCGAGUACCACAAAGACGCGAACCACGAGACUUUCCGGAAUCUUCUAGAAGCACCGGAGAUCGACGCGGAUCAGCUAGUGAGUGAUCGGAUUCCAAUGCCGCGGAUCGUGCGGUGUGACCAGCACGGUAGCCAAGCUCGGUUUCUUCUUGCGAAACUCAAUCCUUCUGUUACCCAGAAAACAGAUCAUACCGGUGAUUCAGAGAUCGUUCUCACUGAUGAUUUGUGUCUUCAAGAUUUCCUCGACGAUUUGCAAUCUCUCGCAGUGAAAAGCUGA